ACGAAUAAGAAGAAUUUAUUGUAAUUGGAAAUGUUUAUAGAAAUUUCUUUCACAUUAAAAUAAUAAUGCCAUCCAAAGACGAGCCAGCAGAGAAGAAAGCCAAAACUGAUUUGACAAACACCAAUGAAGAUGAACUAGAUACCCCAUCAGUGUUUAAUCCUAAAUAUCGGGUAUGUCCUUAUUUGGAUACCAUAAACCGUCCCCUGUUGGAUUUCGAUUUUGAAAAGUUGUGUUCCAUCUCACUCACGCGUAUAAACGUUUAUGCUUGCCUGGUGUGUGGUAAGUACUUCCAGGGUCGAGGUACCAACACUCAUGCGUAUACACAUUCAGUAGCGGAGGCUCAUCAUGUUUUCUUAAAUUUGCAAACCUUAAGAUUCUACUGUCUGCCGGAUAAUUAUGAAAUUAUUGAUUCAUCAUUGGAUGAUAUUAAAUACGUUCUCAAUCCGACAUUUUCGCCACAGGAUAUAACGAACUUGGACAAAUCCGAUCCCAAACAUUCUCGUACGGUAGAUGGUACUUUGUAUUUGCCGGGUGUUGUGGGUUUGAAUAAUAUUAAGAACAAUGAUUAUUGCAAUGUGGUAUUGCAUGCUCUGUCGCAUGUGGGACCUUUAAGGGAUUACUAUUUGCGUGAACAGCAUUAUGCCAAAAUCAAACGGCCACCUGGAGAUUCUAUUUUCAAUCUAGUGCAACGUUUUGGUGAACUUAUGCGUAAAAUUUGGAAUCCCCGUAAUUUUAAGGCACAUGUAUCGCCACAUGAAAUGCUGCAAUCGGUUGUGCUGUGGUCCAACAAACGUUUUCAAAUCACCGAGCAGGGCGAUCCCAUUGAAUUUUUGUCAUGGUUUUUGCAUACGCUACAUCGUGCCUUAAAAGGUAACAAAAGAGCAGACUCAUCCAUAAUUAAUAAAAUCUUUUUGGGUGAAAUGAAAAUAUAUACCCGCAAAAUACCGCCAGUGGAACUGGAUGAUACACAAAAGACAUUAUUGCUGGCUACCGAAGAAUAUCAAGAGAAAUGUGAGGAUUCAAAUUUCCUCUAUCUAACAUGUGAUUUACCUCCACCACCUUUAUUUACCGAUGAGUUCAGGGAAAAUAUUAUACCUCAAGUCAAUCUUUAUCAGUUGCUGGGUAAAUUUAAUGGUACCACCGAAAAGGAGUAUAAAACCUACAAAGACAAUUUUCUGAAACGUUUUGAAAUCACCAGACUGCCACAGUUUAUAAUAUUGUACAUAAAAAGAUUUACGAAAAAUACAUUCUUCUUGGAGAAAAAUCCCACAAUUGUUAACUUUCCAAUCAAAAAUGUUGAUUUUGGCGAUAUAUUGUCUAUACCAAAUCGUGAAAAGCUACCCGAUAGUAAAUAUAAUUUAGUGGCAAAUAUUGUUCACGAUGGUGAACCCAACAAGGGUACGUAUCGUGUGCACAUUUUACACAAAUCCAAUGGCCAGUGGUAUGAAAUGCAAGAUUUACAUGUCACAGAGAUACUGCCACAAAUGAUAACUUUAACCGAAUCAUACAUACAGAUUUAUGAAAGAUGUAUUGAUUAAAGUUUUAGCAGCAUACAAAAAAAAAAUCUGCUUUAAGGUAUGUGAAAAUCUUGGUAAUAAAAUUUGUAAAAAAUAAUAAGUAUGAACUCAUACUAAAAAAAAUUAAGAAAUAUAUUUUUAGAAGCCAACAAAUCUUAA